CGCUAAUAAUGCAAUGGAAGGAGCCUUGUGCUGUCACAUUACCGUGUAGAGGAAGCGCGUCUGUCAUUAUCGUAUAUUUGGGCAGCCAUGCUGUGGCUCUCGAUGCAGUGGAUGAAUGAACGCUUUAUUCAGUUACCUUCAGCUAGCCUUAAUGGGACUUUCUUUUCUAUGCUUGAAUGAUUUUUGGGUAUGACAUUUUAGAUACUUGGGACAGACAUGUUUCAGUGACAUGUAUGGCUCACCUGGGGAAUUAGAGCAUGCCCUCGGCUGUGUCUCCAGGCCACCUUCUCCACUUCCUUGCUGCUGACACCCUGGUACUAAGGUCCUAGUGCGGCCCAUCUCCAUUCUCCAAAUCUCUUUUUUUAACGUGAUGAUUUCAGCGGGAUGUUAGGCUCCAUAUUUUGUGAUGUCAUCCUUGACCCCACCCUGCGAGGGCGACAGCUCGACACCCAGAUUUUUUGUUGGUGCCCGAGAUGAUGAGACAGACUUUGUGGAAUCAAACAUGAAUCCAGAAGAGGUUGAUUUCUAUGAAGAAGAGGAAGAUGAAGAGGAAGAAGAGACGCCUCCUGAGCGUCAGAUUGUGGUGGGAAUCUGCUCCAUGACCAAAAAGUCCAAGUCUAAGCCCAUGACUCAGAUUUUGGAGCGUCUGUGCAAGUUUGAGUACAUCACUGUCGUCAUUAUGUCUGAAGAUGUGAUCCUCAACGAGCCUGUUGAGAAUUGGCCCAUAUGUGACUGCCUGAUAUCCUUCCACUCCAAAGGAUUCCCUUUGGAUAAAGCCGUGGCCUACGCAAAGCUACGCAAUCCAUUUCUGAUCAACGACUUGAACAUGCAGUAUUUCAUACAAGACAGGAGGGAAGUGUACCGGAUUCUACAGCAGGAAGGGAUAGAUCUGCCGCGUUAUGCUGUGUUGAAUCGGGAUCCAGAUAGACCAGAAGAAUGCAGCCUGGUGGAAGGGGAGGACCAAGUAGAAGUGAACGGAGAAAUUUUCCCCAAACCCUUUGUGGAGAAGCCUGUCAGUGCUGAAGACCAUAAUGUUUAUAUCUAUUACCCAACCUCAGCUGGAGGUGGCAGUCAGAGGCUUUUCAGAAAGAUCGGCAGCCGCAGCAGCGUUUACUCUCCAGAGAGCAGUGUAAGGAAGACUGGCUCUUACAUUUAUGAAGAGUUCAUGCCAACGGAUGGUACGGACGUGAAGGUGUACACAGUUGGUCCGGAUUAUGCCCAUGCAGAAGCUCGCAAGUCCCCAGCUUUGGAUGGGAAGGUGGAACGUGAUAGCGAAGGGAAAGAGAUCCGGUAUCCUGUCAUGCUAACUGCAAUGGAGAAGCUGGUUGCCAGAAAGGUCUGCCUUGCAUUCAAGCAAACAGUUUGUGGUUUUGACCUGUUACGCGCCAAUGGCCACUCAUUUGUUUGCGAUGUCAACGGUUUUAGCUUUGUGAAGAACUCUAUGAAAUAUUACGAUGACUGUGCCAAAAUACUUGGAAAUAUAAUUAUGAGGGAACUGGCACCACAGUUCCAUAUCCCUUGGUCAAUCCCCACAGAGGCAGAGGAUAUUCCCAUAGUGCCAACCACUUCAGGCACCAUGAUGGAGUUGCGGUGUGUAAUAGCAGUAAUUCGUCACGGAGACCGUACUCCAAAACAAAAGAUGAAAAUGGAGGUUCGCCAUUCCAGGUUUUUUGAGUUAUUUGAGCGUUAUGACGGUUACAAGACAGGAAAAUUGAAACUGAAGAGGCCCGAGCAGUUGCAGGAGGUGCUUGACAUAGCCAGACUGCUGCUGGCAGAACUCGGAACGCAUAAUGACUGUGAGAUCGAGGAGCGGAAAUCCAAACUGGAGCAGCUGAAAACGGUUCUGGAGAUGUACGGUCAUUUCUCUGGCAUUAAUAGGAAAGUACAGCUGACGUACUUAGCGCAUGGGCAUCCCAAAACAUCCAGUGAGGACGAAGAUGCCAGAAAGGAUUCCCCAUCCUUAUUACUAGUCUUGAAAUGGGGGGGAGAAUUGACCCCAGCCGGACGAGUCCAGGCAGAAGAGCUUGGCCGGGCAUUUCGCUGCAUGUACCCAGGAGGCCAAGUGGAUGGUAACAUCCCGGCCUUGGGCAGUAGCUCUCCUGUUGACUUUGGCGACUAUGCUGGCUUCCCGGGCUGCGGACUCUUGCGCUUACAUAGCACGUACCGCCACGACCUCAAGAUUUAUGCAUCGGACGAGGGCCGGGUACAGAUGACGGCUGCAGCAUUCGCAAAGGGUCUCCUGGCUUUAGAAGGUGAACUCACUCCAAUUCUGGUGCAGAUGGUAAAAAGUGCAAACAUGAACGGCCUUCUGGACAGCGAUAGCGAUUCCCUCAGCAGCUGCCAGCAGAGAGUGAAGGCCCGUCUCCACGAGAUAAUGCAGAAGGACAAGGAUUUCACUGAGGAGGAGCAAGAGAAGCUGGCUCCCACAGGCAGCACCUCACUGCUCAGCUCUAUGGAAUGCAUAAAAAACCCAGUGAAGACAUGCGAUGAAGUUUUCUCCCUCAUUGAAAAUCUUACAUCUCAGAUCAAAAAACGUCUGGAAGAUCCCAAAUCUGCAGAUCUGCAACUAUACCAUAGUGAGACUUUGGAACUCAUGUUACAGCGAUGGAACAAAUUGGAGAGGGAUUUUCGCAUGAAGAGCGGCCGUUACGACAUCAGUAAAAUUCCUGACAUCUAUGACUGUGUCAAGUAUGAUGUCCAGCACAACAGCUCUCUCAAACUCGAAGGGACAGAUGAAUUAUUCAAGCUCUCUAAAUACCUUGCAGAUAUCAUAAUACCACAGGAAUAUGGGAUUAAUGAAGAGGAGAAGUUAGAGAUCGCAGUGGGAUUUUGUCUUCCCCUUCUUAAUAAGAUACAACUGGACCUACAAAGAACCCAUGAGGACGAGUCAGUAAACAAACUUCAUCCUCUCUAUUCAAGAGGAGUUCUGUCCCCAGGACGCCAUGUGAGGACAAGGCUGUACUUCACCAGUGAAAGCCAUGUUCACUCCUUGUUGAGCAUUUUCCGAUAUGGAGGUCUCUUAGAUGAGUCCAAGGAUCAGCAGUGGAAGAGAGCGAUGGAUUAUUUAAGUGCUGUCUCUGAGCUAAACUACAUGACGCAGCUUGUGAUCAUGCUUUAUGAGGAUAACAAUAAGGACCCAUCCUCAGAGGAGCGUUUUCACGUGGAGCUUCAUUUUAGUCCUGGAGUCAAGGGUUGUGAGGAAGAUGAAAAGGUCCCCAUGGGGUUUGGUUUCCGUCCAGCAUCAGCAGAAAAUGAAGACAAGAAGACAGAUCAGGGGAGUUUGGAAGACCUGUCCAAAAUGAAAGGUACUGACGAGGUGGAUCGUUCAAUUCUGAUGUCACCCCUUCCUUCAGAGCCAGUCGGCAUUCAUCGUAAAUCACCUCUAACGCGUGCCAGAAAAACUGGGUCAAUGGAGGUUCUAUCUGAAACCUCUUCUAAAUCUGGGGGUUACCGUCUCUUUACGUCUUAUGCCAGACAACCGUCCGACAUGAAGCAAAGUGGUUUAGGAUCACAGUGCACUGGGCUGUUCAGCACCACAGUGCUGGGAGGCUCCUCCAGCGCCCCAAACCUACAGGACUACGCACGCAGCCAUCGCAAAAAAAUCAGCGCCGCUGCCAGCCUGACUUACAAAGACGAACUGUUGUCUAUGCCAGCUGUAAAACGAUUUUCUGUGUCGUUUGCAAAGCAUCCGACUAAUGAGUGCCUGGAAGACCAAGAGGUCACCCAGCUGCUGCGCCGCUUUUCCUCAGAGUACCCCGAGUCUCGGAACGUCUAUCUGGAUGGGGCUAUGGCCCACCACCUGCACCAAUGCUACUAUCACCUCCGUCUCUUCAAGAACUGGCUGAUCUCGGGCCAGGACGAUAUGGAGUGCCUCUACGGAUUUGAAGGGUGUUCAAUGGUCCCCACAAUUUACCCACUGGAGACUCUCCACAACUCCUUGUCCCUCAAACAAGUCAAUGAGUUCUUGACUGCAGUUUGUGAGAAGUUUGCCGAGACACAUUCAAGAGGGCCGUCAGCUGGCUGUGACUCCAUGAUUCCACGCCAAACAUCUUGUGAUUCCUAUCUACCGCAAAGGAUCCUUUCUUCAUCGUCUCUGCGCCAGCGUUCAGAGAGGCCUCCCUGGUACAGCAGUGGACCAUCCAGCACAGUAUCUAGCGCUGGUCCCUCUUCUCCAACGGCUAUGGAUUUGUCUGCUCGUUUUAACUUUACUGAUAAAGCAUCUCUCGUUGACGAACAAAGGAAAAAACUAAAUCUCGAGGAUAUUCUGCUACCGCAACAGCCAACUAGAGAAGACUCCUCCAACAGCGAAGAUAUGGGCAAUUCUCUAGGAGAAGAACCUUCAAAUACAGAUUCUGCCCAACUUCCAAGGCAACCUUCUAGAGAAGCAGCUGCGCCGAUUCAGCAUUUCAAGGAAGAGCAAAUCAGUUUUGGUUUAGAGCCUCCUGGAGACGCAUCAUUGCCAAAUCACGAACAACCCAAGGGAUCUCUUUGUAUCCGGGAUAAGCAAAGUGUUUCCAAAGAGCAGUCCCCUACAGGUGACCAGGCAUUAACAGGAUUGGUUCUACAGGGCCAAGAGACAUCACUAUAAUAGUAUCAAAGAAAAUCUUUGACAACCCGGACUGUGUUCUACUGACAAUUUCAGCAAAUCUGACUUUUAAUACAACAACUGAAAUUAUUUAUAUUUUAAUGGGCGUAUUAGCCACCCCCCUCCAUCCAUAUGAACAUAAUAUACUGUCUGGUUACAUGGAUUUUUACAAUAUUGCUCUUCUCCUACACAAGAUGAAAUCUGCUUGUGGCCAUCGUUUGUUGACUGGGCGGUUACGGGUGUCACUUUUUGCACUGUUUGUAGUUUGGCAAGAAAAGAGAUGCUUUAUUUUUGAUGAAUUAACCGACUUGCCGUGUAGUUGUACAGUACACCGGCCUGCUAAGGACGUAAGAAACGUGCACCAGCAAACUAGACUUCUUAAAACAAAGUGGUGAAUAAUCAUGGAUGUAACGUUGACAUAUUUUUUUUUCUUGUGAUAUUAGGGCACUCUGAGGUCUGUCUGAUCGAUGCUUACAGCAAUACAAAGACGAGCUAAGUGAUGGCACAUAGGGUAAUGGAUACACACUGUGUUUUUCUUGUGGUAAAAGUAUUAUACACUGUUGCUGAUUAGUAAAAUCAGACUCCUAGAUUUCUCUUCAAAAAGAAAUAUAAAAAAAAACAAAGAAUUUCACUCUGUUUUAAUUAAGAUUUCUCAUCCGAAUAUCAAUUUAGUUUUCUCCUUAAAAUGCUUGCAGUGAGUUUCGACGAGCCCUCAGACGUAGAGAUUCAUUCUUAGAAUGGCUGAAUCCUCUUAUCUUGCUCUUCUGGAUCAUUCCACCGGUAGUUGGGUUCUGAAACGCGUUGCGGCUGUUAAAGGUUAUCUGCGAAACCUCUUGCAUUCUGUAAUGAGAAUCGUGUAACAUUCUUUGUUUUGAUUAAAUACAAAAAAUGAUUAACUGUCAUAAAUGUUUUCAAGAUCUCAGCUGUAUACUUUGCAUACAUUUUGACCUUUUCCAGCAGUGAAAUCUGGACACUGGUAUUAUUACCGAAACAGCCUGAUUUGGCUCGUGUUAAUAAAAACUGUGGUUGUUA